GCCGGCUGCGAAGACCAUGACCGUCCCCUAAGCCGAGACAAAGAGAGAAGCCUGCUAACAGCAUACAAAGGCAUUGUGUUCUACAAGCACCAGUGACCACGCUUCACAUGGAUAUCACCAUCAACACACACACACACACACACCAGCGACAACGGAGGCCUCCAGCAGCCCAGGGAAUCACAACGCUGUGUGUAGCUGAUUCUGCGUUGCUAUGCAAGGGCAACAACCUUGAUAAGGGCAAGAGAUCCCACGCCGUCAAGUUUUUAGCACCAGGGCACCUGGACAGAGUCAACAAGCUGCUGGAGCACCCUGACUCUGAGCCAUGUGCCAUCUCUCUGAAGCCAUCCUUCCCAAGCAGUCCUUCACAAGCAGUCCUUCACGCCUGCUGGUGUCUCACCAAACGUCCUCUCGCUAGCACUUAUCGGCUCGCUGUCCGUUACUCUGGGCUGUUUCCUCUCUCCUCGGAACAAACACCCUGUACUUCCUCUCUGAACAGCCGGUGCCUCCGUCUCUACAGUGUGAUUCUACGCCCUGAGGGCCCGAUCUGGGUGGUGGUGCCUGGCCUGCCCUAUCGCCUUGCCGGAGAUGAGGAUCUUUAGUCCUAAAAGGGGAAUAUGUCCUUCGGACUGAUAAGCGUGCACUCUUACAGGGAAGUCGAGCACGAGUCCUUAUAAACCCCCAUGGAGUAGCCACAGACGACGUGCUGGAGGGUCCAGAACGGUCGAUAUGUUCACUCGAGCCUUUUCGAGUUAACGGGAACUCAUCCUGGUAGAUCAGGGCUUAUCAGGGCUUUUGAUGUUAUCUCAGCAGUGGGCCUCGAUGUUGAAAGCCAUUCCUCCCUCCAC